AUGAACAGAAAUUUUGUUGUAUAGUGCACAACUCUAUCUGAAGAACUGAUUUAGAAGGUGGAAAGUUUAACAUAAUGGAUUUAUAGAGUAAAAAGAUGUUUGAAUAGUUUAAAUUAGUUAUGUGAAUCCAAUAACUUAAGUCUAAAGACCACAGAGUUAGCUGCCUAAAUAAUUUAAAUUUGUCUAAGUUAAUAGUGUUGUAAUUUAAAUAACAUUUUGCUUAUAGCCAUUACAUCAUUCUUCAUUUCUGUUAAGGUUUUGUAGAUAUAUAUUUUAGUAUAAUGAAUGUUAAAGCUUUAUUUAGUUUACUAUGUAAGAUUGUAUCCUUUUGGGAAAUAGUACAUUCUCAAAGAAAGACUUUCUUGAAAUGGAAUUGUAAAUUUUGAAUCUCAUUCAUUUUGACAUGAAUCUCAUUACUAUAUGUGAUUUACUAUAAGAGGAAUAAACAAAAUAUAUUGAUUUAAUAUUAUUUGUAACAUUGGACUCAGAAUUUUGGUCUUUCUCAAAAUUCGAUUUAUUUAAGGCCAUUUAAUAAUUUUAUAAUAAUCAUCAGAAUGUCUAAAAUGAAACAACAAACUAAGUAUAUUAAUCUAACUAUCAUAAUAGAUAAUCAGUUUAAUUCAAACUAAAGUAAAUUUGUUGAUUAAAAUGGAUGAUGAAUAAAAAAGUAUUUUUUAAUAGAAAAGAAAAAGAAUUUAAAAAUAGAAAUCUAAAAGUAAAAUAUAUUUCAAAAAUCAUAAUUAUAAAAAGUCUUAUCUAAAAACGAAAUAUUCAUAAAUUUGA